AUGCCGCGACGAAACCGCCGGAUCGCCGGCGACACCGGAAACCGUCCACCGCGGCCAACCCCCCGCCCCGGGCAGGAGCAUCAUCCCAGCGUGGGCGCGAAAGCGCCCGCCUUCUCGGUGCCCUGGAAAGGGUACUCGGCCUCCUUCUCUUCGUGUCGGAAGCCGGCCGGUAUUAGGCACGGGAAUAAGGAGAAGGAGAGGAAUGACGGAGGGGAACAGGAAAAGGAUAUGAAAGAGGAGGUGGAGGCGGAGGAAGAGGAAGAGGAACGCAGGUUACCCGUCGGUUCCACCACCCCAACACCUUCUGAGGAAGACCAGGUCGCUCAACUGACAAGCAAAAUUCCGGUGGUUCCAGCACGCUACCGGGACGAUACGCAGAGGCGGGGGGCUGUAUUCCAAGAAGAUAAUACUUCGCCCCGUGCUCUAAAUGCGGGAAGUCUGGUCCCUGGAAAAAAAUGCUUGCCGGACCCUCAGCAACAGGUCUCGGUGGCUCCGAGCGACCAAGGGCGAGAGCAGCAGCAGCUGCAGCAGGAGGAUGGGGAGGGGGAGGAGGCGCAAUACAUAAGGAUCGGGUACACUGUUGCAGGAGCGUACUUCGAAAGGACUGCGACCCCGCCUUCAUACUGUCUCACCCUACCGCCCCUGUAUCACUUGCUGGAGGUGGCCCACCGGCAGCAACGGCGGGAGCUUAAAGAGGCGUUUGCGGCGAAGGCGGCUUUUAUGGAGCAUGAGCAGGAAGGCCUCAAGAAUCAGCUACUUUUGGUCGAGACUAACGAUCUGAAGCUGAUGAACGCCGCACACCACCAGGAUCAACAAUCGAAGCAGAUCGAGUACGGAGAGGCAUCAAACGGCGUUGGUCUAGCUCCAGAGAACGGCGGCAACGGCGGUGGCAAUCGCCGUCCCAGCAACGAAACCAGUGGAAAUAGUGUCGUCGACCGUACCCUUAGCAGCAGUACCGAGACCGCGAGGGAUACCACCAAGGGCGAUAGCGAUGCCAAGGACAACAACGAAGAGGUUUGCAACAACGACAACAGCGCCACCAAAGCUAUCCACGUCCACGACGAAACCAGCGGUGGCCUCGGCAGCCGCAGCAGCGGCAAACUUGCCCACAUCCACAACAAAACCAGCAGCAAAACCGUCAGUGGCAUCGGCAUCGGCAGCCCCAGCAGCCCCAGCAGCCCCAGCAGCAUCAAGACCCACCCAGGAUCAAUCGCCGCCGCGACAGCCCGCAUCAAGGCCGAACGGGAGCAAAUCCGCGCAUUGCUCAAGGGACUGGUCGAGUCCGGGAACAACCUUUCUCGCGUGAGGAAAGAGAUCGUCGGCAAGACAAAACGUCUCGGCAAGCCCCAGGAGUCGAGGGCGAUCACCAAAGACACCGGUUAUCCUGGCCAUCGGGAAAUCCUGGAAAAGAGUGUUCUGAGCAGCCUGGGAACUGUUGAAGCCCCGGCGAAGGAGGCGGUCGAGGAAAAUGAAAAGAUGCGUGCAUUGUCCAACGCUGAGCGAGAGCUCGCCGUUGAAACGCAAUCUGGAAACGCGCCUACGCGGGAGGGACGUCGGAGUGGUGGCUGUGGUGGUGUUCUUGGGGCUGACGGUCUUGGUGGUGGUGGCAGCGGCGGUAACGACGAGGGUUUCGCAGUAGGGGCGGUAGAGAUCUUGAGGGAGAGAGCCGCGGCAGCGUCCCUGGCGGCCGAGGUGGCCAGGAAGGAUGGGGACAGGGCCCGGGUCGAGCUCGAAGCCUUCAAGGAGAGAGUGGCGUCGGUCGAGGAGCUCUUGAGCAAGUCGAAGGCGACGGCGGCCGACUCUGCAUCGAAGGUGUCGGAGGCGGAGCAGACUUGCGCCCGUCUCAGGAUGCAGCUACAAGCGCGCGAGCGACAGAUCGCCCAGCUGCAAGAAUUAUCUCGGGGGAAUCUUAACCGUGCCAAGCAUCGCCGGAAGCAGUGUGCCUGGUGAUUUAGUCCCACAAGAAUACGUUUAGCCUGAGGAUACCAUGGUUCAUACCCGGAAGGAGAAGGCUAUGUGGGAUGGCUAGGAGGGCCUGGUUUCACUAUCGUCGUGUAAAAAGCGGGUUGUGAGUCUGGUCGUCGCCGGAGACCUCGAUCCGCGCAACACCAGGUGAAAACGGUCAAGUCGAGUACCCUUCCGUCGUAACCCAACGUGAAUAUUUUGCAGGCUAAAGGCACGGCGGUUAUGACUUGGCGGUGGAUGGGUCAGACAAGUGAAUGUAGCAGCGGGGGUUCCCAAGAAUCUGAAGGCAAAAGAUAGUAGAUCAUACAAAGGGUGGACCGUGCGAGUGUCAGUCAUGAAUGCCGGGUCGUGGAGUGAGUCAUUUCGACCAGAUCUUUUGGAGGGUCCUGAACAAUAAGAGCAUCAUUGCCAUUUAUUACAGCCCAGGGAACGGCACAGGUUGUUAGCACAGCACGGGUUGGUGGGGCUGGGUGGGUGCGAGCGGUAGAGAAAGGAGAGCUCUACUGACGGGCGAAUGUCUGC